AUGUGGACCCUCGAAUCAUCCGGUCGUUUUGUUGAGAAGGUUAUUUAUGAAUAUACACGAACAUUAAAGCAUGAAUCUUGUUUACAUUCUUUUAUCAUCAAUGAUGCUGAUAUGAAAGCACAAUCAAUAUUCCGAAAAGAAGAGUGGGAAGAAAUAUUUUCUUCUAACCUUAAAAUUCAACAUUUUGACAUAAAUUAUAUUAAUCAUGCAUAUCGUGCAAUGCAUACUCUUUGGGAAAUUCACUCUGAACCAAUCAUCAAGACUGGAAGGGUGGUACCAGCACAACGAAGAUCGAAGAAGAUCGGAAGGAAAGGAGAUGGCAUAUUUAGAUUGAUUGGUGAUAGGUUGGAGUUUGGAGCUAUUGAGGCUGGAAAGAAAUGGGAAGGCAAAAGCGGAAGGAAAUAUAUUAUCGACAGCCUUAAGCUGAGUAAAACGCUUAGAGAUAUGUUUGUACAACUUGCGAAAGAAUGCGAUGAUGAUGAACAAAUUGUCAGAAAAUUACAGACCGUUGGGAUGCUACAUAGUGGAAAUCGAUUUCAACUUCUUACGUUAGAUGUUCCAAAGGGAUAUAUUUGUCGAAUUAAGCGUUUUGCCUUUCAGGAAGUUGCUAGUCAUAUAAAUAAUCCACCACUAGCAUUUGUGUUAAAAAAUAUAUUAAGAGCAAAAGCAAUUAUUAAACAGACAUUAGUAUUAGUACAAAAAAAGAGAUCAUCCUAUCUUGAUGAUCUUGAUGAUCUUGAUUAUGACGGAAAAGAAAUUAAUAGAUGUACAACUAUUCAAACAAUCACCUUAAGUAAAACUCACAAGACUCCAAAAAAAAAUCGUCUAUAG